UAACGAAACGUAAGUUAUUUAGAAACUGAGAUUGACAAGUGCUUGUCAUGUUAAUUAUUUACCGAUAGGAUUUUUUUUGUAUUUUGAAAAGAAACAAUAAUUGCGGUCACGGCUAAUUCCCCGCUGUAGUGAACAACAACAAAUACGCGCCAUGGCGUCGAGCGAGGUGACGAAGCUGCAGCAGCACCUGGCGCUGCUGAAGGAGGAGUACAGCAAGCUGCAGAGCCACUGCGCGGACGUGGAGCGCAAGUACACGCUGGCGGCGGCGUCGGCGGGCGACCUCAGCGAGGCCAGCUUCGUGUCGCGGCUGCUGAUGACCGUCACCACGCUGUACGCACGGGAGACGUACUCUGACGUCCGCAUCAAGCUCCAGGGCAAGGCGAUGCCCGGACACAAAUUUGUGCUCAACGCGCGCUCCGAUGACUGGAGUGAGGAUGCUUUGAAGGAUGUUGAAGAACUAGAUUGGUCCAACCUCCCAGACGAUGUUGGUGCAGCAUUGCUCAAGUGGCUAUACACAGAUGUAGUGGAUCUGUCCCGUGGAGACGUAUUUGCUAUGAACCUGAUGAAGUCUGCCGCCGGCUUCAAGCUGCACGGACUGGUGAACAAGUGUGAGCAGGCACUGAUUGCUACUGUGGGAGUCAGAACCUGUGUGAAGUUUUACUCGGCAGCUGAUGAAAUAGGAGCUUCAGCACUCAAAGAGCAUUGCUCUGGACUCAUAUCCGCCCAUUGGGAUGAUCUCACUGGCGAGGACUUCGCGCACAUGUCGUCCGCUCUCCUCUACCGUAUGCUGAAGAGCAAGACGGCGCAACCGCUGCACGGAGCCGUGCGCCUGCUGCGAGAGGAUGUGGUGUUCCUGUGCCUUGUGGAGAACCACGCCAACCUAACAGACAUUGUGAACGCGAUGUCGUCACGCGGCGAGCUACCGCUCGAACUGGCUCUGCGUGGUCGCAGCACCUCCAUAGCUACCACCCUGGUACAACACUCCGCGGACGUGGAGGCGCGGGGGGCGCGGGGCCGGACCCUGCUGCAUAGGGCAGUUGAUGCGAGAGAUGCCUUCUCCGCUGCUUUCCUGGUUAGCAAUGGGGCUGAUCCUAAUCUGACUACAAAAGAGGAAGGCGACACAGCCCUGCACCUCAUAGCGGCGCUGACGCCGAGCUCGUGCGAUGCGGACACGCUGGACGCGCUGGCGGACGUGGCCGGCGAGCUGCUGCGGCGCGGCGCCGACGUCAACCGACAGAACAGGAAGGGCUUCACAGCGCUCCACCAAGCAGUCAUAGCUCGCAACCAGAGGAUAUUCGACCUCCUUCUUCAGCAACCCGAGCUCGACCCGAACCUCAGAACAAUGACGGACGAGCACCCGCCCCUGUACUACGCGCUCGUGGACGACAGGCGAGCGUCGAUAUCGUCCAGUGAAACCCUGGUUAUGAACGGGUCCAAUCCGUUUGAUACUCCUGUCACGAAUAAGAAUGCGUUCAGCGAGGAUCCUGUUGAAGGUAAAACAGAGACAGUGGUGGAAAGAGGCUUCGCGGCUAAACUGCUGGAGAAGGGGUGCGUCCCCAACCCCGUGUACUCCGCCAAUGGCGACAGUCUACUGCACAUCCUGGCGCAAGGGUGGUUCGAGGACUCAGCAGUAUUCCUGACGUCACACCUCAGUAACGAUGACGUGAACCACACCAACGAGGCUGGCAUGAGCAUCCUGCACGCCGCCUGCGCCAACGGACUGUGUCGUUUAACUACGGCGCUGCUGGAGAAAGGAGCCAAUCCGAAUUUACAGACUAGUUAUGGGGAACUCAAUGAUACUGUGUACAGACAAACCCCCCUCCACCUGGCAGUCCUAAACAACCACGAGGCCUGCGUGCGCGCUAUACUAGAGGCCGCGAGGGCCGAGCGGCCCGCGCUGGACCUGUGCGACUCGCAGGGGGACACGCCCGCCAGCGUCGCGCUCACUGAAGGUCACAAGAGCCUCGUGAUGCUGCUGGUGGCGGGCGGCGCGGACCCCGACGUGCGCAACGGGGCCGGCCUCACGCUGCUGCACCAGGCGAUAGUGGACGAGGACUCGCGCACCGCCGCCGCGCUGCUGGACCGCGGCGCCGACAUGAACGCGCUAACGGAAGCCGGCGAGACGCCCCUACAACUGGCCAUCCACUGCCGGCUCGGCCUAGUAGUCGAAGCAUUGUGUGUGCGGGGAGUAGACAUGAGUAGACUGGACGCCAACGGGGUGCCGCCCCUGUGGGCCGCCUUGGACUCUGGCCAGGAGGAGGUCGCUAGCAUUCUAGUCAGAAAUGGAGCUGAUGCCGACUGCUGGGGCCCGGGGCCUGAUGGCUGUGAACAAACACUUCUACACAAAGCAAUAGACGAGAACAAGGAGUCGGUGGCCAUGUUCCUGAUCCGGUGCGGCUGCGACGUGCAGAGUCCGCGGCGGAGUGGUACCGAGCCUGCGAGAGACAAACAAACACCACUGCACCUGUGCUGUAGCUGGGGUCUGAGGGAUGUCAUUCAGACUCUCCUAGAGCACGGUGCUGAUAUCAACGCACGCGACGCGGAGGGCAAGACGCCGCUCCACAUCGCGAUAGAGAACCAGCACGCAGGGAUCAUCUCUCUCGUUCUAUCACAGCCAGGGCUGGACCUGUCGAUCCGCGACAACCGUGGCGUGACUCCGUUCGCGGCCGCGCUGCUCGCCAAGAACAACAAGGCUGCUGAGGCCGUGCUCGAGAAGAACCCUAAUGCCGCUGAACAGGUAGACAAGAAAGGCCGCAACUUCCUGCACGUGGCCAUACAGAACAACGACAUGGAGUCAGUCAUGUUCCUACUCUCAGUGGAGGUGGACGUCAACUCGCGCGUGCAGGACGCGUCGCUCACCCCCCCCUUGCACCUGGCGGCCGCGGGGGGGGACGAGGCGCUCGUGCGCAGCCUGCUGCUGGCUGGGGCUAGACCUAGUCAGACUGAUUCUAGCAAACGCACAGCCCUCCACAUAGCGGCCGCGGCGGGGCAGGCCAACAUAGUCUCGGCUCUAGUCAGCGGCGGCUGCGACUACUCGCUGGCGGACGCGGGCGGCGACACGGCGCUGCACCACGCGGCGCGCGAGGGGCAGCUGCAGGCCGCCGCCGCGCUGCUGCAGGAGACCGACGUCGACGCCGCACGAGCCAACAUUAAAGGUCGCAACCCCCUGCACGAGUUGUGCUGGUGCAAGAAGGACAACGCGGCGGCGCUGUGCGAGCUGUUCCUGCAGUGCAUGCCCGACUACCCGCUGGACCGGACCGACCUGCAGGGCAACACCCCCCUGCUACUGGCCUACAUGAACGGGCAGGGCGCGCUGUGCCGCGUGCUGGUGCGCGCCGGCGCCUGCCUCGCGCACGAGAACCGCGACGGAGUCAGCAUCUUCAACUACCAGGUGGCGACGAAGCAGCUGCUGCACCGGCUGCUGGACGCGCUGCCGGCGGAGGCGCCGUGGGCAGACUCCGAGCUGUGCCAGGAGUGCGGCACCAAGUUCACGCUCACCAUGCGGAAGCAUCACUGUCGCCAUUGCGGGCGCAUGCUGUGCAACAAGUGUUCGAGCCAGGACGUGCCGAUCCUCAAGUUCGGACAGAACAAGCCGCAACGGGUCUGUGAGAUCUGCUUCAACGUUCUCCAAGUAGGCGCCAGUUAGUAACCGACUGAUAAAUUCGAAAAUUAAAAUUUACCCUGUCGAUGACAGCUUCUACGGCUGCGUUCACAAACUUUGCGGAUGCAUUCCAAAUUAUUAUAUUUUGUGUUACAAGUUUUUUUUUCUAUUAUUUUAAUUUUUUUUUGAAAUUUGCAUCUCUUGCAAUGAUAAAAUCUGAGUUUAGUUGCUAAUGUAUUAUGUUUUUUUAUUUAGUGGCUACGAUUGUAUAAAGUUUAUAUUCGCUUCUGUUCUAAAGUAAUUACGGGUGAUAAGUAUUGAGAGAGGUUGCAUCGAUAAUGAUGUGUCGGUGGUAACUAAAGUGACUGAAAGGGGUAUAAACUGCAGUAGAAGUCUAUUAGCUAUUCUGUUUUUAUUUUUGUUAUGUUUAAACAUAAGA